AUGCCGAAGCCACGCUCGAAGAGGCAGGCCAUCCGCGAUGAGCGCAAGAAGAAGCGGGAAGAUGCUGAGGUCGAUUACGACACCGCCGACAAACCCGCCAAGCGACAGCGCAUCGACGAAGCUGGCCAUGCGAACAACGUGACGGACGAUUAUGCCACAUACGAGGAUGGCCCCCGAGAACCGUUCCAACAUGCAGGGGCUGACCGGCCCGAGAAGGAGUUCUUUGGCUUGCUGUCGGAUCAAGAGCAGGAGUACUUCCGUUCCGUCGACGAGCAGCUCGACAUCGACGACUUCCCUUCCCAGGAGGAGCGCGAUAUGUACCUGGCCAAUGUCUUCGUUGAGGCACAGGGCAAGGAGCUGAAGCUGGCGUGCAGUCAGUCCUGCUCCCGCCUUAUGGAGCGCCUGAUCCUUAUGUCCAACUCUCGCCAAAAGAAGAAGCUGUUCGAACAAUUCGCGUCGCAUUUUCUCAACUUGAUACAGCACCGAUUCGCCAGCCAUUGCUGCGAGACCCUUUUCUUGCAGUCCGCACCCGUGGUCACGCGAGAGUUGAGCGGAGAGCGGGACGAUGAGCCAACCGAGGGAGAAGAACCAGACUCGCAGCCGCUUCCGUCAAUGGAGGAGCUGUUCCUUCUCACGCUGGACGAGCUCGAAGGCCAAUUGGGCUACCUUCUGACGGACCGGUUCGCCUCUCACACCCUCAGAGUCUUCCUGAUCAUUCUGUCGGGCCGGCCUUUGGAACAGUCUGCCACCAAGUCACUCAUUCACAGCAAGAAGAAGGAGAAGAUAUCGGCGCCGUGGAUGUCCGCUGCCACAACAGACCAAACCGGUGGCCUGCGUGCUGUGCCGUCAUCUUUCACCGCUGCAGCCAAAAAGAUCAUCAUCGACUCGACAGACGGCAUGGAUGCCACGGCCCUUCGAGUUCUCGCUUGCCAUCCUACAGGGAAUCCCGUUUUCCAACUUCUGCUCGAACUCGACAUUGCCCUAAAUCCCAAAGGAGAGGGCAAAGGCGAAGGCCAAACCGACGAAACCCCCACUGAACAGCGAUUACUUUGGCGCUUGCUACCAGGAGCCCCUGCUUCUCUCAAGGAGUCGGGGUCACCCGCGUCGGAAUUCAUUAGUGCCAUGACAUACGACCCGAUCGGGUCGCGGUUGCUCGAGACCCUGAUCACGCAUUGCCCUGGCAAGCUUUUCAAGGCAAUGUUCAAGCACAACUUCCUGGACCGAAUCCACAGUCUUGUGCGCAACGACAUUGCAUCUUACUCGGCAAUUCGCAUUCUCACCCGUGUCGGUAAGGAGGAUUUGGUUGCAUCUGUACACAAAAUCCUCCCGGAGAUGCCAAAGCUCGUGUCGUUGUCGAGGUUUAAUGUCAUCAAGACGCUGUUCGAGCGCUGUCAGGCUAGAGAAGCACAACCUGAGAUAGCAUCUCUGCUGAGAGCCUUCACGGCGGCUUGCGGGUCCGAUAAGAAGCUUCUAGUACCCAAACUCUGCAUACCCGAAAAGGAGGUCGAUGCAGAGAAGCCAAAGCAACAAUCACUUUCCAAGAACCAGUCGGCGCUCAUAUCACAUGGCUCCCACCUAGCGACUACACUCUUGUCGAUUCCCGGUGCGCCAUCCAACGCAAUCCAGACAUCCUUACAAUCUCUGUCGCCGGAGGCUCUGAUGGGCCUUGCGACGUCAUCGGCCCCUACAGCCCACGUCCUAACCGGCGCUUUCGCAACGUCUUCACAGAAUAAGGCGUUCCACAAGGUCCUCGUCGCGUCUCUGAUGCGCGACCUGAUGACACUUGCCCAGUCCGAGCAUGGCAGCAAAGUGCUUAGCGCGAUCGUGUCGAUGCCAUCAAAGAGCGACGGCAUCAACCUUCCCUUCCACCUGAAGGAGCAGAUCAUGAACGUGCUGGGCGAAAACGAGCAGGAGUUGCGUGACUCGUAUGAGGGCCGCCGUGUCUGGAGGACGUGGAAGGGAGACAUCUGGAAGACACGCCCCAGAGAGUGGAUCGCGUGGGCCAAGGAGGUCGACGCUGAGGCCGUUCAGACCAAGGAGCCUAUCUGGAAGAGGAAGGCCAUGACAACGAAUGGGAGCAACCCUAAUUUUGUCAAGGUUGAUGAGGAGGCAAGAAAACGCAAGAGGGGCGAGGAGACGGCAGAAUGA